CUACGAUGUUGGUUGACUUGCGCUGGUCUAACUGGUUUUUCCUGGAAGGCAGUGCAACUGAAUAGCCUAUCACAGACACCCGAACAGAGGUCGGGUUUCCUCCACCUUAAAGCACAGAUGGGCCGGUAACAAAAGAACAGAUAUCUCAUUGUAUCUCGCGAUCAGGUCCUUAGAAAAGUCAUUGACCAUCUAGAAAUUUGGUCAUUAGCCAGCAGCAUCACGGAACAAUGAGUGCGACCGCUAUUUCAUUUGCCCAGGACUUUUUGGCAGGUGGAAUCGCCGCUGCGAUCUCGGAGACUGCUGUUGCCCCCAUAGAAAGAGUCAAGCUACUCCUUCAGAUCCAGCAUGCCAGCAAGCAAAUUACAGUAGACAAACAAUACAAAGGUAUUGUAGACUGUAUAGUACGUAUUCCCAAGGAGCAGGGCUUCCUAUCCUUCUGGAGAGGCAACUUGGCCAAUGUCAUUAGGUAUUUCCUAACACAAGCUCUCAACUUUGCUUUCAAGGAUAAGUAUAAGAAUAUUUUUCUGGAUGGUGUUGACAAGCGUACCCAGUUUUGGAGGUACUUCGCUGGUAACCUCGCCUCUGGUGGUGCUGCUGGAGCCACGUCUCUGUGCUUUGUCUACCCCCUUGACUUUGCCAGAACCCGUCUGGCUGCUGAUGUCGGAAAGGCUGGUGCAGAGAGAGAAUUCACAGGCCUUGGAAACUGUUUAACAAAGAUCAUCAAGUUUGAUGGUCUGAGGGGCUUAUAUCAGGGAUUCAACGUGUCUGUGCAAGGCAUCAUCAUCUACAGGGCGGCUUACUUUGGCAUCUAUGACACAGCAAAAGGCAUGCUACCGGAUCCAAAUAACACCCAUAUUUUUGUCAGCUGGAUGAUUGCUCACACAGUCACUACCAUUGCUGGUUUCACAUCAUAUCCCUUUGACACAGUACGUCGUUGUAUGAUGAUGCAGUCUGGACGUACAAGAGCUGACGUAAUGUACAGCGGCACUAUUGACUGCUGGAGGAAGAUUGCACGUGAUGAGGGUGGCAAGGCCUUCUUCAAGGGCGCCUGGUCCAAUGUGCUCAGGAGCAUGGGUGGAGCCAUCGUCCUGGUUCUGUACGACGAACUCAAGAAGAUUAUGUGACACCAUAUUAAAUUAAUUAUUUAAAGAAAAUGUUGUGUAUUAUGUGAAUGGACUCUUGCUUUACUUGUGAAGCCUGGCUAGUUUUGUCCUAGUAGUUAUAUAAAAGAUAAUACAUGUAUAUGACAGUAAAGUAUAUGUGUAUAUGUUUAUAAUGUUUUUUCUUUUCUUUUCUUAAAUGUUUAUUCUCUUCCCUGGCUUAUACUAUUGCAUGUGCAAUGAAUAAACUGGAAGUAAUACA